AUGGCCGGAAAGAAAUCAUCAAAGAAAAAGGAUCCAAAUGCCCCAAAGAGGCCAAAGACUGGUUUCUUCUUGUUCUGUGACGAACGUAGAGAAAAAGUAAAGGCCACCUUGGGUGAAGGUGAAAAGAAGAGUGCUAGUGAAGUUUCAAAACUCUUGGGUGAAGAAUGGGGCAAGUUGACCGACAGUGAAAAGGACAAGUAUAAUUCUGUAUCUAAGAAGAAUAUGGAAGUCUACAAGAAGCAAUUCGAAGAAUACAAGAAGAAUAAGCCAGAAUCCUCUGAUGAAUCCGAAUCAUCUGAUGAUGAAGGUGCCAAGAAGAAGAAAAAGAAGAGAAAGGCCAAGAAGGACGAAAAUGCUCCAAAGAGACCUCUCUCAUCCUAUAUGCUCUUCUCUCAAACAUACAGAAAGAGUCUUGUUGCUGAAAAUCCAACCUUGAAGGUUACUGAAGUUGCCAAACUCGUCGGUGAAAAGUGGGGAAAGAUGAACGAUGCUGAAAAGGCUCCAUACGUCAACAAGGCUGCUGAACUUAAGGCUGCCUACAAUAUCGAAAAGAGCAAGUAUGAUGCUACUCAACCACCUCCACCAAAGAAGAAGACUAAGAAGGAGGAAUCUGAAGAUGAUUCUGAUGAAGACUCUGAAAGCGAGUAA